UAGAUCUGCUUAGUGUCCCCAUAUUUCUCUGUUCGGUGAGCGUGAGCCAAAACUUACAUUCGCUUAACUACUCAAAACAGGUCACGUUCCGAUUCCAAUAAACCAGCUAGGAAAAUAGGGUUUUGGUUUUGAUUGUUCAGAUUACACUAUGGAAAAAUCAGCUUCAAGUUGUACGUUCUGGCUACCCAGGAAGAAACGGUUCUGUGCAAACAUCCGAAGCCAUGAAUCUCAAUUUUGUGGAAAUCACAACCCCAAGUUCGAAGCUCAAAGAAUCCCUUGCCCACUUGACCCAUCUCAUUUAAUACUAUGUGAAAAUGUUGAAGCACAUAUCAAAGUCUGCCCAUUUUUUAAGCAAGCACAGUCUUUGAUGCUUCAACCUUUUUACAAAAAAGGUAUUAAUAGUGGUAGAGAAGAGGAUGCUGUGUUGGGAAAUGUGAAAGAGGUGGGUACAUUAGUUAAUGGGUCCGAGGAUAUUAUCACAUCAGUGAUGAAAAGGAAUGCUGUGUAUAAAAUGACCGUGUUUGAGUUUUAUGAGCUGAUUAGAAAGAUUGAGGCGGUUUAUGUAUCGACAUGUUCUGAUAUAAGAGAGUCAUUUAAGGAACCGGAAGCUUGUGGGAUAUGGAUGAACAGAGAAGAAGUAGACAGGAAUGUACCCUUUCAAGAGAAACAUGUUCUGCAACAAGUCUCAAUUCUUGGAAACUUGGAAGAAUUUGGGGUGUUGGAGAAUCCUACAAAGUUAGACGGUGUCGUGUCAUCUGAAUAUGCUAACAAGAGACCUGCCGUAGUUGAAUUUGGAGCCGGUAGAGGAUAUCUGACCCAAACACUUGCGGAUUGUUACGGAAUAAAGAAAAUACUUUUAGUUGAAAGGAAUUCCUGCAGGCUUAAGGCAGAUCGAAGUUUGCGUCAAAAAGAAAGCCUGAUGUUGGAGCGAUUGAGGAUUGACAUAGAAGAUUUGGACUUGAAUGCUGUUGAGUCUUUGAAGGGGAUUCCUUACCUUGCUAUUGGGAAACAUCUUUGUGGGCCUGCAACAGAUUUGACUCUUAGAUGCUGCAUCCCUAGGCAAACCAUCGGAGAUGUACAUUCUAGUGAUCCUUGCGACCUGAGAGGUCUUGCAAUUGCAACAUGCUGCCAUCAUCUUUGCCAAUAUAAACAAUACAUAAAUAAAAGCUAUUUAUCAGAUUUGGGAAUCAAAAAAGAUGAUUUCCAUGCGAUUACAUGGCUUACCAGCUGGGCAAUAGAUGCGGAUCACGGCUCAGAUCUUUCUGAUUUGGUGGAUCAAGGAUUACACUUGAGUUCCAUCAACACUGAGAAGAAAGCAUGUGAUGGGGUUGUCAGUGGUGUUGAAGAAAUCGUAAAGAGUAUGACAGCGAUAGAGAGGGCAAUACUAGGUUUGAAGUGCAAAGCUAUUAUCGAUAUGGGUAGGCUGAAGUGGGUUAAGCAGCUCAGUGGCUUCACAUCAGAGCUUGUUAAGUAUGUUCCAUCUAGCAUCUCUCCUGAAAACCAUUUACUAGUAGCCAAGUACAGAUAACACCUGCAAGUCAUGUAUUCAAAUUUUACGACGUCACGAGUUCUCAGAUUUGGUAGAAGUUCAUUUUUGUCUGUAACGUCAUCCAUAUUAUUUCAGAUUUAAAGAGUUUCUUGUGUGUAAUCUCUAUGAUGCGUGUUCUCUGUUUGUUUGUCAUUCAAACAUUUACCUAAAAUUAUCAUUUUAAGAAGAUUGAUAUUUAAGAUGAGAUAAAAUUGAAAUUCAAUCCGAUUUUGC